AAAAAAGUGUGGCAACGUUGAGUUGACAGGUUAACCAACAAAACAAAAUUAUCAACCAAGGACGUCCAACGUCCAGCAUACCAACCAGCACUUACGGAGUUAACGGACCGCAAGACCCAGAAGUUACGUAACUUAUUGACAUUGAACCCUUCUUCCUGUACGACAUGGCUGCCAGAGUUGGGCGAAUUUGCGGAGCUGGACUUUUCAAGUCCAAUACAACUUCUAGUUUGAAUCAGAUUAGUUCCUAUUCAACAACCAGAGAUUGGUCAAGAGGAAGAAAAGCACUGGUUGGUAGCCUGGGUAUACUGGCAGGAGGAGCUGGAGCCAUUAUUUUCGCCCUGGACAGGUCCGUGAGGGCUUCUGAAUUAGAAUUGCACCCACCUAAGAACCCAUGGAGCCACAAUGGCUGGUUUGAUUCCUUAGAUCAUGCUAGUGUAAGAAGAGGUUACGAAGUUUACAAGCAAGUAUGUUCGGCUUGUCACUCAUUGAGGUUUAUUGCUUACCGUAACUUGGUAGGAGUGACACAUACUGAGGAAGAAGCUAAGGCUGAGGCAGAAGAACAAAUGAUUACUGAUGGACCUGACGAAGCUGGUAACAUGUUCAAAAGGCCUGGAAAACUGUCCGACUACAUCCCCAGUCCUUAUCCCAAUGAAGAAGCUGCUAGAGCAGCUAACAAUGGUGCCUACCCACCUGAUUUGAGUUAUAUUACGUUGGCCAGACAUGGAGGUGAAGAUUACAUUUUCGCUCUUCUAACGGGUUACCAUGAUGCUCCUGCUGGAAUUGCUCUAAGAGAGGGCCAGUAUUUCAAUCCGUACUUUGUUGGUGGUGCUAUUUCAAUGGCCCAAUCUUUGUACAACGAAGUAAUUGAAUAUAGUGAUGGAACACCAGCCUCUGCCAGUCAACUUGCUAAGGAUGUAUCAACUUUCUUGAAAUGGACCGCAGAACCAGAAUUCGACGAUCGCAAACGCAUGAUGGUUAAGGCGAUCGGCAUUUUCACCAUUUUAACAAUGGUGUCCUAUUACGCCAAAAGAUUCAAAUGGGCAAGUUUGAAAACAAGAAAAAUUGAAUUCAAACCCAAAAGUAAGUAAAUUAUGAACAGCAAAAAUGGAUUUACCAUCCCAGACAGCAACUUUGAGAUAGCAGCCCUACUACCAUUAUCUUUUUAAACAUAUUUAUGCUUUAAGUAAAAUCUUUUUAUUGUAAAUAUACAUUGAAAAAAAAAACAAGGACUUUUUAGUUAAUUAAAUUUAGAUUGUUACCAACAUCAUAGCAGGCAUACAAUAUCAAUAAUUUUUUUUGAAUUUUUGAUUUGUCUAUAACUUACCGGAGUUUGUGUCACGUUGUUAAAUAAAUUAUACAUUUUAGUAGUGUGUU